UUGAACGGGCUACGUUCAGUGUCACACUCAAUGCUACCGACAGUUAGGUUUUAAAACUGUUGUAAGCCUUUUAACUUUGGAAACCAUCUCUAUAACAAACACUUCGCUAAUUUUCAAGCUUCGUGCGUGACUACUUUUGUAUGAGGACGAGAUGCAAUGUCAAAAUCCCAGCGAAAAUGGUAUUGCGCUUGGUGUGCUUGAUGUUCAACAUGGCGUAUCCUCGCUAAAUUUCCGUCCCCCUCUUCUUCUUCCCUCUCUGCGUCUCUUCAUUCCACCACUGCGGCUUGUCUCUGCAGCCAUGUGGCAAGUGGUUCAACGAGGAGACGUUCAAGAUUAUGGGAUGCUGGAGGAGUUUGUCACCAUGGUUACAGAGAUUGUGCCAGAGCUUUUGAGUUGCAGUCAGAGGGCCCAACUCAUUCUGGGGCUUCGAGCAAGGAUGGUUCUGGAGUUGUGUCGCACUGAGCAGACAGCAGACCAAGACAUUCAGCAACACCUGGACAGGAUCCGAAGCCUCAUAUCCACUGGGGAAGCAGAGUCAAGUGAUGCAGAGGUGAAAUUAUCUGAAUCAAACUUUGUGGAGCUGGUUGAAUCUCUGCUGAAAGACCCAAGUGAAAGGGAGACCUUUUACCAGGAUGUGUUCCCUGUGGAAUUUGGGCCCAAGUAUGACACUGCAAUACAGAUGCUGAUGUUAGAAUUCCUUUCCAGACUGGAGAAGUUACUUCCCAUACCAGACCUUGAACAGACUGCCUCCUUGUUAAGUGCUGUCCCCUCUGCCCUGGAGAAAUGUGUACAGUUUGUACCUGACCCCAUACAAUUGAGGACCCUGCUCCAGUACCACAGAAAACGUGGACAUUUGGACUCCAUCGAAACUCCAUCGUCCUUUGGUGACUACAUCCUCUCCUCUCUGUCUCUCCCUCCACAUGUACGUGUGGUGACUGCCACAGAAGUAGAUUCACAAUCAGAAUGUUUGGCUAGAGUGGAAGGAAAAGGGUUGGUGGAGGGUACAAUAGAGAAAAAUGGAGGACUACUUGCACCAGAUGAAGAUCAAAGAGACGCAUUUACUGAGAAGGAGCAUGCUAUGAAUAGGAAGCCUGUAAGUGUGGAAACGGACAAUCAAGCUGUCACCGGAAUUCAUGUUCAAACCUCAAAACAAAGCAAAAGGCUGCAGAUUAAGAAAAUACGGUCAAAAGUACAAAAACCACGUAAAAUGGAUUCUUCCGAGCGUGCAAUCCAACAGCCAUCCUCCUCCAAGGUGCACACCUCCCUGAGGAAGUCAUGCAAAAGAGGCCCAUUCAGGAAGACAUGCCCUGACUGUGGGAGGACUUUUGUUCGAGCCACGUCCUUUAGAAGGCACCAGCGAAGCCACACUCAAGAUCAUGAUCAUAGGUUUAAGUGCCUCAAAUGUGCAAUAGGCUUCAAGGAUCUUUAUGAUCUGAAGAGACACCAGCAAGGAGUUUGUGAAAAGAACCUCUCAACUUUGGUUGAUUGGGAAAAUAAAGAAGAGAUCCCACAACCCUCAACUAGCAAAUCUCCGAACACAUCACCCCUUAAGAUGCUCUCUCCAUCAGGGCUAACACAGAAAAGACCUCUGGACACCAAAACAUGCUCUUUGUGUAGGAGGUUUUUCACUCGUACUUCAGACAUGGCAAGGCACAUGAGAUCCCACUCAAAAGAGCAUCCAUUUUGGUGUGUAAAUUGUGAUAAGAGAUUCAAGUAUUCAUAUGAUUUGAAGAGGCACCAGAGAGAUUUGUGUAAGAAAGUGAACCAGGAAGAUUUAGGUCAGGUUGGUCAAAACUUGUCACAACAGAAGGGGAAACAGCAGCCAGAGAAAGAUGAAUCCCAAUCAAUGGGUAGCACUGGGUCUCUUGGCACUGAUGAAAACCCGCAACCAUCUCACAAAGGGCUGUCCGACUCAAAAACCUGUUGUGUCUGUGGUAGGAUUUUGACUCGUACCUCAGACAUGGAAAGGCACUUGAAAUCUCACUCAAAGGAGCGUCCCUUUCAUUGUGCUAUUUGUGAGAGAAGUUUUAAGUACAAAGAUACCUUGAAGAAACAUCAGGAAAUCCUUGGCCACGAGGGCAUCCUAGAAGACUUGGGUCAGAGUGUGGACCAGCAACAAGCGGAAGUUAAAACCGAAGGUUGCAUCAGUCCUCUCACCACCAAGGAAAACGACACUGGGACCCUCAUCACAGCUGCUACUUCAGUGCCGACUCUCAAAGAACCCAAACCAUGCACUGUGUGUGGGAAGAUUUUUAACCGUGCUUCAGGAAUGGCUAUUCAUAUGAGAUCCCAUUCAGAGGAGCGUCCUUAUCAAUGUGUCAAUUGUGAGCAGCGCUUCAAGUACAUGCAUGGUUUAAAGAAACACCAGAGGGAUAUCUGUCUGAAGGUGAACCAAGAAGAAGCAUCUAAGUUGGUGGACCAGCAACAAGAGGAUGCUACUCCAGAGGAGGCUGGUGAACUGCUAGCUACUGAUGACACAAGGGCAGAAUGCAAGGAGGAAGAAAGAAAGGUGGUAUUCAAAUGUGAUGAAUGCGACAAGGAAUUCAAAGGCUCAUCCUCCCUAAGAACACACAAACGAAUUCACAACCCAUUCUAUUGCUCUGAUUGUGGAAGGAUAUACCCAAACUCCAUUGCCUUUGACAGACACAAGCUGAUGCACAAGGAAAUCCAGUGUACCAUGUGUGAGAAGACCUUUACCCUGUUGGGGCGUCUGAGAGAACACUAUCUGCAUCAACAUAAAUUCACAGGCCCAUACCCCUGCUCUCAAUGUGAGAAAACCUUCACUCAGUUAUCGUACCUUGUCAUCCAUGAGAGGGUUCACUCGGGAGAGUACCUGUACCAGUGUUCUGUUUGUCCAGAAAAAUUCAGAACAGCCAAUUCUCUAACAAUACACAGUAGGAAGCACACAGGAGAAAAGCCGUUCCUGUGCUGGCAGUGUGGAAAGAGCUACAGGGCCGCUUCUGAACUGUCGGUGCAUAUGGGAACUCACUCAGAGGAGAAACCCUUUACUUGUUCGCAGUGUGACAUGACUUAUCGGACAAAGAUUCAGCUGAAUACACAUAUUGAGCAAGUUCAUGAGGGGGUGAGAUUUACCUGUACAGUCUGUGGAAAGCAGUUUUACAAAGCAGUGUCAUUGAAAAGACAUGAACUCACUCACACAGGAGAAAGACCAUUUCCAUGCUCCUAUUGCGAAAAAACCUUCAUCACUGCCAAUGAAAGGAGGUUGCAUGAAAGAUACCAUACUGGUGAGAGACCAUACAAAUGCCAAGACUGUGGAAAGUCCUUCAUCCAGUCAGGUUACCUGAAAUCACACCAACGACUUCACACAGGAGAGAAGCCAUUUUCAUGCAGCGUUUGUGACAAACGUUUCAGAUUUUCUCAUCAUAUGAAAAGGCACCAGAAAACCCAUACAGAGAAGCAUGUAUGUGGGGAAUGUGGGGAAUCUUUCACCCAAAUUCGAUGCCUCAAGGCUCACCAACUCACUCACUCCCUCAAUGAAAAUUGAGUUAUUGUUGUACAUUUGCAUAUCAGUUGUUGAAUGUUUUUUUGAUUUUUCUUUUGGAUAGAUUUAAUAACUAGGUCCGUCAGAUAGUUAAGUGGAUAUUUUGAAUAGAUCAUCUAAAAUGUUGUGUAGAGUCGGUUGCAAGUAUUGAUUGUAAGUCAUUUGUAAAGAGAAUCUAAAUGACCAAUGGGCAACUGAAUUUACUUGAUGGACAAAUCCACCCAAAAACAUAUAUUUUGGUAUUUGUUUCAUUAGUCCAUUGUUGACGUACAGUGCAUUUGAAAAGUAUUUAGACCCCUUGACAUUUUGUUACAUUACAGCUUUAUUAAAAAAAUGUAUACA